AUGGCUCCCAUUUCUGCUUCCAAGGCCGCCCGCCUUGCCAAAAAGGCCGAGAAGGGCGACAAGAAGACCGCAGCGUCUAGAUUGUCUUCCAAGAAUGCCUCCACCAAUGGCUCGAAAGCCUCAUCAGUCGCCGGCGACGAUGAAAACCCCAUGCUAGAUGAAGACGAGCAAGACGUCCCCGCAACCACCGAGGACAAGAUGGACAAGGUCAAGAAAUUGACCGAACAGAUGGACAAACACGGGUUAUCCGACCGAGUGACAACCGGUGUCCUCGCCUCGCAGCCGUCAAGUCGAGAUGUCAAGAUCAACUCUUGCUCUCUGGUUUUCCACGGCAAAGUGCUCAUCCAAGAUUCCACUCUCGAGGUCAACUACGGUCGAAGAUAUGGUCUCCUUGGUGAGAACGGUUGUGGUAAAUCCACUCUCCUGAAGGCCAUUGCCGCGCGAGAAUAUCCCUUCCCUGAGCACGUCGACAUUUAUCUGUUGAACGAGGGUGCACCUGCGACCGAGAUGGGAGCACUUGAGUGGGUCGUCAAGGAGGCAGAGAAAGAAGUCAAGAGGUUGGAUGAUUUGGCAGAGGAGAUUUUGGAAAAAGAAGGUCCUGAGAGUCCGUCCUUGAUGGAUAUCUACGAGCGUUCCGAAGCCAUGGAUCCAAGUACUUUCGAAGUGCGAGCCUCUCUCAUCUUGACUGGGUUGGGUUUCAACAAGAAGACCAUCCACAAGAAGACCAAGGACAUGUCUGGUGGUUGGAAAAUGCGUGUCGCACUUGGAAGAGCACUUUUCGUCAAGCCUUCCUUGCUACUGCUCGACGAUCCCACCGCCCAUCUUGAUCUCGAAGCCUGUGUGUGGCUGGAAGAAUACCUGAAGAAGUGGGAUAAGACAUUGAUCCUGGUGUCGCACUCGAUGGAUUUCUUGAACGGUGUUUGCACCAACAUGAUCGAUAUGAGACAGCAGAAGCUCAUGUACUACGGUGGUAACUACGAUUCUUACUCAAAGACUCGAAGCGAACAAGAGACAAACCAGCAGAAGGCGUACGUCAAACAGCAAGACGAAAUUGCCCACAUCAAGAAAUUCAUUGCCUCGGCCGGUACCUAUGCCAACUUGGUGCGACAAGCCAAAUCGAGACAGAAGAUUUUGGACAAGAUGGAGGCCGACGGUUUCAUUCAGCCCGUGGCAAAUGACCGUGUCUUCACCUUCCGCUUCGCCGACGUUGAGAAACUGCCACCUCCGGUUUUGUCCUUUGACGCUGUCACCUUCAGCUAUUCCGGAAAGGCAGAGGACAACCUUUACGAGAAUCUCGAUCUGGCCGUUGAUAUGGACAGCAGAACCGCUCUCGUCGGUCCCAACGGUGUUGGUAAGUCGACGUUGCUCCGACUCAUGACGGGCAAACUCAGCCCCACGAGCGGGUCGGUCAGCAGACACACCCAUCUCAAACUUGGACUCUACUCUCAGCAUUCCGCCGACCAGCUGGACCUGACCAAGUCGGCCCUUGACUUCGUCCGUGACAAGUAUUCUUCUACUUCGCAAGAUUACCAAUACUGGAGACAACAGCUUGGCCGAUAUGGUCUUUCCGGCGAAGCCCAGACGGCUUUGAUGGGUACACUGUCCGAGGGUCAGAGAUCCCGAGUCGUUUUUGCGCUCCUGGCCAUCGAGAGCCCCAACAUGUUGUUGUUGGAUGAGCCUACCAACGGUCUUGAUAUUCCUACCAUCGAUUCGCUGGCUGAUGCCAUCAAAGCCUUUUCCGGUGGUGUGGUUGUGGUUUCCCACGAUUUCAGACUGCUUGACAAAAUCGCGAAAGACAUCAUGGUGUGUGAGAACAAAACGGUCCGACGAUGGGACGGCACCAUUGGCGAGUACAAGAACUACCUCCGCAAGAAGAUGGUUUCCACGGGUCAAGUCUGA